AUGAAUGUUAUUCCAGCUAAUCAAAAUGUAGAAAGCUGGGUUUGGUUAUUCGUUAAUAAAAAAACUCAAAGGUGUCAAGUUCAAAUUGAAGAUAAUGGUAUUAAAAUUCAAUGCCCGUGGUCUUGUCGAGAAAAAACUGAUACAACAAAUAUUGCUAGUCAUUUAAGAGCCAAACAUCGAAUUAUUGAAGGAAAAAAAGAAGUUGAAAUAAGCUCAACAACAUAUAAGACUUAUAAGAAUUAUUCACUUGAUCAAAAUAAGAUUGAAAGAAUUACACAUCAUUUGAUAGAUUGGUUAAUAGAUGAUAUGCAGGCUUUUCAUGUAGUAGAAAAUCAUAAAUUUCAAAAUUUCGUUCAUGAACUUGAAACAUUUUAUUCAAUUCCAUGCAGAAAUUCUUUAUAUAAAAAAAUGAGUGAAGCCAUUAGUACAGUUGAGCAAGAUUUAA